CCCGAGAGCGGGAAGUCGGCGCCAUCUUUUUCCCUUAACCUUAACUUCACUGUUUUUCUCUUCAGGAAUUCGUAAAUUUCAACAGGAAGGUAAAAGCAGGUUUGAGAAAUGGCAACAGGUAGAAAACAGAUGAAGAAGAAACACCUGGAGGAAAAAACGGAUAAAAAAGUGUUUGAGUUUACUGAAGAAGAUGAGAAAAAGGAGCUGAGUGGGUCAGAGGACGAGGUCAGAGAAGAUGAAACUCCAAUCGUGAACAAAGUGGCGAAGAAGAGACCUGCAGCUGAGUUUGAGGAGGAGGGCAUCACCUGUGCAGUGGGAAACGAGGUUCACUCCAUGUUGGAGAAAUUUGGGGCUGACAUCAGCAAGGUGAUGCAGGCCAAGAAGAAGCGCCUGGAGUCUCUGACAAAAACCUACAUGAAGGGAAGUCAGCACAAACUGGAGCAGCUGUGGAACAACUAUCAAGGACAACGGAAGAAGAUGACUCAGCAGUAUUCUCAGCAGGUUUCCUCAGCGCUGCAGCAGUGGGAGACUGAAGCCCAAAGAGCCGAGGAGCAGGAGGAGAAGCUCAACAAUCUGUUCCGACAGCAGCAGAAGAUCCUGCAGCAGGCCCGCGUGGUUCAGAACCAGAAACUGAAAACUGUCAAGGAGCUGUACGAGCAGUUUGUGAAGAACACGGAGGACCUGGAGAAGAACCACGAGACGUUCCUGCAGGGGGCGCAGCAGGAGCUGAGGAAGGAGAUGGCCGCCCUGCAGAAGAAGAUCCUGAUGGACACGCAACAGCAGGAGAUGACCACAGUCCGCAAGUCCCUGCAGUCCAUUCUUUUCUAACCUGCUGUCACCACAGAGACAGUUCCAGAUGUUCCUGAUGUUUGUUUUAGAAACAUUUUAAGAGUUCAUCUUCAUGCUUCUUUAUUUUGAUAAAAGCAAAUUAUUUUGUAGGUGUUUUAUGUCAGUUUGGUUCAGUUAAAUUCAAAAUAAACAAGUUGUUUGUA